AUGUUCAGUAGUGAACCACUGAACUACGUUUCAUGUUACGGUAAAUCUCCACCGAAUAUUAAGUUCAUGACCGGUCAAACCCAACCGAAAAAUGUGCAACGUUUCGGUGGCAUCCCACCGAAUUUACCUGUCGCAUUCGGUACUGAUGUGCUGAACGCAACCAGCGACCAUUAUGAAAUACUAAACUUGCAAAACGCCAAAAGAUAA